AUGAAAAAGUUAUUUGUUUUUUUAAUUAUUUGUAUUUUCAAAAUAUGGAUUGAAAAAGUUAAAGCUUCUAAAUUUAUAAGUUUCAAAAGAAAAAAAAAUGUAACAUCACUUGAUAUAAAUCACUUAAAUAAUAAAGAAAAUGGAAGUUAUAGUUUUCUUAUGACAAAAAAAGAAAAUGAUGAAGAAAAAGAUAAUAAAGAUGGUAAUUCAAAAAAAGAGAAAGAAAAUGAUGAAAAUGGCUCAAAUGAUAAGAAAAAUGAAGAAAAUAGUUCAAAUGAAAAAAGACAUGAAGAAGAUAAUGUAAGUGAAAAAAAGAAUAAAGAAAAUUCAACAGAAAGAAAACAUGAAGAAGAUAAUACAAACGAAAAAAAGCAUGAAGACGAUAAUUCAACAGAAAAAAAGCAUGAAGAAGGGAAUCCAAGCGAAAAAAAAAAUGAAGAAGAUAAUUCAAACGAAAAAAAAAAUGAAGAAGAGAAUUCUAGCGAAAAAAAUAAUGAUGAAAGUAAUAUAAAAAAAAAAGAUGAAAAUACACCUGUUGAGAAAAAUAUCACUAAAAGCAAUUUGUUGGAAUAUGGUACUCAUGAUAGAGAUGGAAAUUUCAUUCCUUCAUAUAAAACAUUAACUGAUGAAAUUCUUUCAACAAACAAUUCACUGGAAAAAUCAUUAAGUUUCCUAAAAAUUGCUUGUUCUCAUAUAUUGAAAAUUUUAGAAUUUAUCCCAGAAUCAAAGUUAUCAUCUCAAUAUAUAAAGAUAGAAUCAAAAAAUGUUUACUUAAAAGAUAUUGGUUCUGAAUGUCAAAGUUUAUAUUUCUCAUUACAAAAAUUAGGUAUGACAGUAAUUGUACUUAAUUCAAAAAUUAGCAAAUUGAUUUAUGUUCAAGAAAAGUAG